CACGUUAUGUACAGGCAUAAUAGAAAGCUCUCCAUGCUACUUUAUAUUGCUGCAGAUCAGGAAACCAGUCCUUUACUUCUUGGUUGACCGUCCGUCUCCCUUAGCUAUACGUUCCGAUGCGAUAAACGGGGCCUAAUAAUUUUCUAGCCUAGCGCCAUGGACGAGGAAGCCCCGCGGGCGGCACCCAAGGCAGGCCGUCGUGCAGCUCGUAACGUAAACACAUGGGGAGAUGACUCAGGGACGCCACCGGAGCCUCAGAAGGGUGGCUUCGGACUUGACACCGAGUUCGGGACAGGCCCUUCACCACCGGCCCGGGAUACCAGAUUCGGCACUGAGGACUUGGGCCGGCUUGCCCCCAGUGGCAGCAUUACCUCACCGCAGCCCCCAGCGCAAGACGAGGAGCCCUCCUCCGGCACUUUAUCCCGAGGCCGAACAGGGGAUGCCCGCGGCGACACACCUCCCUCGCAACGGCCCGGGCCUCCUUCCUCCAAGGCGCCCUCCGUCGACAUCCUGGGCGACGACAGCAGCAAGAAGUUCGUGGGCGUGUCGCGGCGCAAGCAGGAGCAGCUGGCGCGUGGUGAUGACGAGGUCAGUCGCAAGAACCUCAAGUACGAAGCCAUGACCACGGGGGUUGACGGCAUUAUGGAGAUACCGGAGCUGGAGGAUGAGGGCCGGGAGGACCUGUCCAAUGUGGUAGCUGAGGCCCCGAAGGUUCGCACCAACAAAGUUCAGGGAAUGGACGAGCUGGAAGAGGACAUGCACUACAAGCUGCCCGCCACGGACGACCGGGACAUCGACUUGUCGCUGCUCACCGCGGUGCUGUGCUCGUCGGAACAGGUGCAGGAGGCUGACGAGCCGUGGGACCCCGACAUCAUCCUCACUGAGGUGGCAUCAGCCAUAUACGCGGAGCGGGAGAAGGCGGACGGAGCGGAGCUGGCGGCAGGGGAGGAGCUGGCGCCGCCCAAGGAUGACAAGCUGACGUGAAGCGGCGGGCUGGAGGGGAGGGGGAGUAGGUAUAAGAAACCCCAAAGCCUGGGCCAUGACCCACAGCAACCGUCAGCAUCAGCUGAACGGGUUAGGAAGGAGGCGGGCACUUGUGGCGACGCUGGGCGGCUGUCUGGUCCGCGAUAAGCGGAAGCGGAAAGGGCUUGGAGGCUGGACUAGACGGUUGCCACCAUGGGGGAAAAGAAGAAGUGGCGUGCUUUAGCGAAAGCAUAUAAAUGUGAUAGUGCUGUGGCAGCGCGGUGAUUCGUAGGUGAAAGCCGAGGACUCCUUUGGUCCCCACCCCGAGGGUGUUAUCAUUUUUUGGAAUCCAGUAUUCGACUGCUCAACUCGCGCCAGUGAGGGAAAGGAAACCACCGGUUGCCUUUAUGCCGUGUCAUGUAUACUUUGACGCGAUGGUGUAGUUAUGCCGGGCCCCAGCGGUUCGCCGCUCAAUGGGCGGUUCGCCUCAGGUGCAAAAACGUACAUGGCCCGCCCCCCCCCGCCCUUACACUGAGCAUAAGCCUAAUGAGUGGCGCUUGCUUUGCGAUGCCUGCUUGCAUUUGCGCUAAGCACACCUGCCGUGACAGACGUUAGGGUCCAUUCACAUACGAGUGAUUUUGGGAAUGAGUGCGUAGGAGCGCGUAGGGGAAAAUUGUUC